UAUAUACAGGAAAAAAACUGCCCAUUUACCAUUUACCAUUUAGUAAAAAGAAACUAUAAAAGAUACUGCUACCUUGCUUACUUUUCUAUAUGUCAAUCAAACUUUCCAUAUCGUAUCAGGAAAAAGAAAAUGUCGACAGUGCAUCAUUACUACAGUGUGAUGAGGGUGAAUGAUGAACACACCACAGUUCUGCCGGGUGAUUAUUUCAACUUCGAAGUCAAAGUUAGAUUCCACUCAGCGGAUACAUUCCCAGCGGGAUUACAGCAUCAUUUUUCUCCAGCAUCAAUACCCGCCCAAGAUUUCUUCCAACAGGGUCCAACCUUCUUACACACAGUGUUGUCACUUUCACCCUUCACAAUAGAAUGUGUGGAUGAAAUAGCAGAAGGGGUUCUUUCUAAUGUUCAAGCCUUGUUUCGAGUUGAUAGCGUUUCUUCUUUUAUUUCUCUGGAACCCCAGGAAUCUCAACACCGAGUCAUCCCGUUAACUGUGACUGUUAUAAUAUUGAACUUUGUUGCAGCUAGUGAAGAGUUCACGCAGAGGUCUAGAAGGAGUCAGAGGGUGAGUUUAAGAAGGAGUCCGAGGCUGGGUACAAGAAGGAGUGAGAGACUGAGUUCGAGAACGAGUCAGAGGCAAAGUUCUAGACUGAAUCAGAGGCAGAGUUCUGAAGUGAAUUAUGGUUCCGAUGAUGAAAUCCUAAUAAAUAGAUUUUUGAAGUGUACUGUUAUUAGAGAAUGUGAAGAUUGUUGUAUCUGCUUGGAAGAGAUGAACGUGAAUGCUGAGGGCUACACGUUGCCAUGCCAACAUCUCUUUCAUCUUCCAUGUAUUCUCACAUGGCUCAAAACCAGUCAUGUAUGUCCUUUGUGUCGUCACACUUUGCCAACAGGAUAAAGAAGGGGACAGAGGCGCGUGCUGAGACAUGCCCAGUAAGGUUACAUGCAUCAAGACGCGUGUGUCGUAUGCUUACAUGCAUGAUGCCACGUGUGAUAUGGUGGUGGUAUUACUGCUUUUUCCCUCAGUUUUAUCGAAAGCUUCCCUUCUCUACUGUUUUUUCCUGUUUUCAUCGAAUAAUUAGCUUAUUUAUUUCACUUGUUAAUACAUAUGUGAUAAAGA